AUGGCGAGAGAAUUCAACGUGCCUCCAGUGAGAUUCCCCUCCGGCGGAAACCCUGCUGGCGGCGCCGCUGGCCCCCAACAACGCCACCUGCCUACCGCCCCCUUCCAACCCCCACGAUCCUCUAACCCUAGCAUUCCAUUCAUGUCAUUUGAUGUCAAUUCUGCUGCUGCUUCGGCUUCGUUUUCAACUCCUCAAUUCCCCCCCACAAUCUCCGCCGGCGGCGCCACCGGAUUCGAGGACGAACCACCACUCCUGGAGGAGCUUGGCAUUAACACUAAGCAAAUAUACCAGAAAACAAUUUCUAUCCUCAAUCCGUAUAGAAUCAAUGCCCGUCUCCAUGAAGAUGCAGAUCUCUCCGGCCCUUUCCUUUUCCUAAUGGCAUUUGGACUCUUCCAACUCCUUGCUGGAAAGUUCCAUUUCGGGAUAAUCCUCGGCUGGGUUACUUUGGCAUCAUUGUUUCUAUACGUUGUUUUAAAAAUGUUAGCGGCCAAUAAUGGGAAUCUUGAUUUAUACAGGUGUCUUAGCCUGAUCGGAUACUGUAUCCUGCCGAUUGUGAUACUUUCGGCUGUGUCGUUGUUUGUGCCCCAGGGUGGGAUGGUGAUAAUGGUGUUGAUGGGACUGUGUGUGAUAUGGUCAACACGAGUUUGCACACGCCUAUUUGUUGAGCUGGCAUCCUAUGGGGAUGAGCACCGAGGCCUUAUUGCGUAUGCUUGCUUCUUAAUUUACAUGCUCUUCUCUCUGCUUGUGAUUUUCUGA